CCUCCAUCCAAGUUUUGCUGAUGAUGAAUGGAGCAGCCAAUGUGAAUGCAGCUGGACGCAGCCAUUAUGCCUCCUCUAUACCUAUUCCUAGAUCUGCAUCUCAUAGCAAGAUACAUACCCUGGCAGCAUCUCCUAAACUGCCCCCUAAACAGAACUGUGCGGGAGCAUAUUCCUCACCAAGGAUAUCAUCUCCCAGGAUAGGGAAGGCACAGGGAAGCUCAACCUGUGGAGCUCCUAAAGGAUCAAAGCAGAAGCUUGUGGUUAAGGCUGCAGCUGCUGCAACUCCUAGACCAGAGAAAGCAGACAUAUCUGGGAGCCAUGAUGAGACAGAGGAGAUGGACUCUAGCCUUAGUUCAGGGUUGGUGUCUGGCUACAGCAGUCCCUGGGGCUUACCAAAGGCCAAUUCCAGACCCACCAAGAUAGUGAAGAAAGCUGUUAUUCAGACACCUGAGAAAGUAAAGAACACCUCUAAACAAGGUGAAAGUAAUAGCAGCCUCAUUGCUGUGAAGGUCCUUGGAAAGCCCAGCACAAUUGCUGACCCGGCAAAGACCACUCAUCUGCCAGGGAAGAGCCCUUCCUAUCUCAACCUGUAUAAUGAGACUCAAAUGUCAAAGACUUCAGAGGGAUCUACCACAAAGAGGCCUCAGAGCUGUCCAGCAAAAGGUCAAUCACCCUCAGAAGUCAACUGGAAGGAAAGUGGAACAUCCAAGCAAGAAGAUAAUCCUCAGACAAUCUCACUGGAUACAAGCAACCUUAAUAAGGGACCUGUGUUGCAUACAGCACCCAUCAGUUUCUCUUCUGUGCCACAGCAUAACCAUCCCAUUAUGGCCACGGUUGCCCCUUUUCAUUAUCGGUGGCAGGGUGAGAAAGAGAAGAGCAGCCUUCCUCAGAAGGAAGAGUCAUGUGAUGUGCAGCAGACCAGCUCUCCCGAAGGGCCUGAGCUCAACCUGAGAGGCAUGACUUUGAAUUGGGGCUUUGAAUGCAAAGCAAGAGACCAUAGACCUGCCGAGUAUUGA